AUGACUAAAGAUGAUCCCAGUACGCAAGUCGUCGUGGUCGUAGAUCCGUACAGCACGGGAUGUUUGGUGGCAAAGGAAAUCAACUUGCGAGGAUAUCCCAUCGUCGCCCUAUGGACCAAAGGCUUUAGCGAGGCCAUGAAAACACAUGUUCCUCAAUCGGUUGGAACAUUAGAGUACUUGGCCAGCAUCGACGAACCCAUGGAUGCUCCCGCUGGAGACGAGGGAUUGAAGAUGACGGGUGAUCUGAUUCAACAAGCGAUUAAGGACAAAACGAUUCAUGCCGUCUUGGCCGGAGGCGAGGCUGGUGUCGAUCUGGCCGAUGCCUUGAGUGAAUAUCUAGGCCUCUUGACGAAUGGGACUGAUAUCAAACCCAAUCGUCGUGACAAAAAAAUUCAGCAAGAAUUGAUUCGGAAGAUGGGAUUGAGAUCGGUCCGUCAAGCCGGUGGUGACAAGCUGGAAGAUGUGGAAACUUUUCUGAAAACCGAAAGUUAUCCUGUCGUCUUGAAACCCAACGAAUCCGCUGGUUCGGAUGGCGUCAAGCUCUGUUAUACCUACGAGGAGGCGGUGGAACAUUUUCAUCGUCUCAUGAAAUCGCAAAUGGUCAAUGGGGGAGAAGUCCCUUCCGUCUUGUGCCAAGAAUUCCUCAAGGGCAAGGAAUACGUCGUCGAUCAUGUGUCAAGGGAUGGACUCCACAAAACCAUGAUGGUAUGGGUCUACGACAAACGUCCCGCCAAUGGAGCUGCCUUUGUCUAUUACGGAUGCAGUGCGGUCCCUUCCGACAGUCCCGAAGCCAAAAUUUUGAUCCCCUAUGUCCGGGGUGUCUUGGAUGCCUUGCACCUCAAGAACGGGCCAUCGCAUGGAGAAGUCAUUAUUACGGACGAUGGCCCCUGUCUCGUCGAAAUGAACUGCCGCGCCCGGGGAGGGGAUGGAAAUUGGCGACCUCUCUGCAAGUCCCUCAAUGGAGGAUACUCCCAAGUCGAAGCGACUGCCGAUGCCUACCUGGAUCCCUUUCAAUUCCAACGAUUGCCCGACUUGCCACCAGCACCCUUCAAAUCCUCGGGAGAUGAAAUCAUUCUGGUUUCCUAUUCGGAAGGAACCGUCAAGGCCAUGCCAGGAUACGAUAUGAUCAAACGAUUGCCCUCGUUUCAUUGCCUCGAAACGGGGGUCAAGGUCGGAACUGAGGUUGCCCGUACCAUUGACUUGUUUACCGGAAUUGGUAGUGUCAUUUUGAUGCAUUCCGAUCCAAAAAUAUUGCAACGGGAUAUUGACUUUAUCCGAUACAUGGAAGAAUUCAAUGGAAUCUUUGAUUACGAACCAAGGGCCUCGGAAAACUUGACACGUCCUCAUGGAGAUUCUAUUGUUGAAACCAAAUCCAAGCAUCAUCGCAAACACAGUUCGAUUGGUGGUCCCAAUCUUAUUCGACACAUGAGUAUCGAUCGUCAAUUCGGAUUCGCACCAAGUUUGAAGAAACGCAUGACGACCAUUGAUGCUUCCAAAGAAGCCGUCAUUAUGGUCGAUCCCUACAGUACCGGAGCGAUUGUUGCAUUGGAAUUCAUGAAUCGAGGAUAUCAUGUCAUUGCCUUGUGGAAUAAGGGCCUCACACCUGUCAUGAAGACACAUGUUCCCAUCAUGGCCGCCAACGAUUCCGGCUUCAAGUAUUUCAAAGAAUUGGACGAAGGAGAUACCUUGGAAGAUACCGUCCGUAUGGUCACCGAAGCGGCGUCCCCCUACCGGCUUGUGGCUUGUAUGGCGGGUGGAGAAUCUGGCGUCGAUUUGGGAGAUGUUCUAAGUGAAGCCCUCAAGCUACGCACCAACGGUACAGAUAUUCCCAAUCGACGGGAUAAAAAGUUGCAGCAGGAAUUGUGUCGCAAGGCAGGCCUUCGAUCCGUUCGUCAAGCGGGUGGCGCGAAAUUUUCCGACGUGGAGGACUUUUUGAAACGAGAACCUUUCCCGGUCGUACUCAAGCCCACGGAAUCGGCAGGAUCCGAUGGUGUCAAGCUAUGCCGUAGCAUGGAAGAGGCCAAGGAACAUUUCGAACUGUUGAUGCAAAGCCAAAGCGUGAAUGGAGGCCAAAACUCGGCCGUUCUCUGCCAAGAAUUUCUUCGCGGCAACGAAUACAUUGUGGAUCAUGUCAGUCGCGACGGAGUCCACAAGACAUCGAUGGUUUGGUUGUACGACAAGCGUCCCGCCAAUGGAUCUGCAUUUGUGUACUAUGGAUGUAUUCCGUUGGAUCCCAAUCUUCCCGAAGCUCGUAUUUUGAUUUCCUACACUCGGCGCGUUCUGAAUGCGAUCGGUAUCAAGAAUGGAGCGACCCACGGAGAAGUCAUCAUGACCAACGAUGGACCCUGUUUGGUCGAAAUUAAUUGCCGUGCCAAUGGUGGUGACGGUUCCUGGGUACCACUCGCCCGUGCCUUGACGGGCGGAGAGACCCAAGUGAGCACCCUCGUCGACGCGUACACGGACGCGAAGCAAUUCCAAAUCUGUCCCGAAAUUCCACCCACUCCCUUCAAGUCGUCCGGUCAAGAAGUCUAUUUGGUCUCUUUUUCCAAAGGAGUCGUCAAGUCUUGUCCUGGGUUUGAAAAGAUCAAACAACUCGAAAGUUACUUUUCUAUGGAAUCGGGUGUCCAACCGGGUACCUUUGUGGACUACACCAUUGAUUUGAUCUCGUGUGUCGGAAUUGUGUCCCUGAUUCAUGAGGAUCCGGCAAAACUAAAGGAAGACAUUGAUUUCAUUGGGGAUCUGGAGAAGAACAAUGAGAUGUUUGAAUAUGAAGGAGGCAGUCUGCUGCGUAAGUUCGAUCACGAUGACUCCGUGCUCGAGACGACGACGAUUGCUCGAAGCGACUUUUAG